AUGUCACAAGACAGCACCACAUCAUCCAUUGUUUACCUGACAAAGAUCGCAUUUAACAAUGUGCCGCGGGACUCCACUUUCCACGAUCGACUGCAUGGUUGUUUUCCCCUCUUUUCACACCUGCUGCCUUUCGAGUCCCCUCUGGAUCUCGAGACAUUCUUUCAGUUACAUCACUUUGAGUGCCGGCGACGUUUGCACACGGUUUAUGGCACUAUACAUACGUACGAUAUUUCGCGGCGACUCCAAAGCAUGGUUCUUCAGCGAGAUUCUUCCCUUCAAACACUUUGUCUGAUAAAUCUAGCAAAGACUGCGCCCCCUCAUAUGACAACAGACUUGUUGUUGAGUUUACCUGCGCAUUUGUUCCGCAAGUUGAUUGGCACAAUGUUCUCUAUUUUUUGGCUUCCGAUGAGCCACGUACUUUUUCACCGUCACUGCACUAGUGAGAGUGUGCCCUUUGACUUACAAGUGGUGUUCAACUUUCUUUCGAAUCCAUACAUUUUUGAGCGCAUGUAUGAAGUUUGCAGAGACAUACAGAUCUUCGUUAUUUCCUGGAUGCAACAUGUGCAGUUCUCUUCUAUUUGUGAUCCAACUGGUCAAGUGACUUCCUGUUCGAAUAUACUCAACAGACAUUCUGAUCAGUGCCCUCUUGUGCCGCCUCAUCAGCUUUCACUGCAAUUAUUAUCCAAUAUGAACGAGUUACUGUCGCAGGCUAGUUGUGUGAACCAGGGCACUGUAGCGGAUGUUACCUGUGCGACUCUGUUUGGCCUGAAGGUCGCUAAUUUUCUAUGUGAUUGCUCAGAGUACGUACACGCUUGCCGGGCGGUUCGAGCGGUACACUCGACGGUGAAAAAGUUCUUCUCUGCUUGCGGUCAUCAUCGGGCGCAGCUCCGUUUGGAGUGUGAAGCUCUCUGUGUAAUGCUACGUGCUAUGAACGCUUACAAUAUGUAUCUGGAUCCGGAUGAUCAAUAUGUCUUUCAAAAAGAAGCCCCGAACCUUCUUAAGUCUAUGAAACAGUCCAAUCUGUUGUUAUUCGGCCCGGACACCAAGCUUCCUGCAUCCCAGCUCAUUCUUCCUCCAUGCUUAGAAGGAUAUUCCAUCAGUCCUGUUAUGGGUAGCUCUCGUAAGAGCUCGUCUUCACGAUCACCGGAUGCGUCUUUUGCGGAUCUGUCGGUUCCUCCCAGGUCGUCAUCGACAUCCUUUUCUCCCCAACUUGGACCAGCUGGUGAUGCGGUAGCUUCAGCCAGUCCGGAAGGUUUCAUCCUACCUCCACCGGUUCUACCCGCGAAUUGCUUUCGCAAUGCCUCCUCAUCUUCCUCCGCCGCUGUAUCGGAAAUAUUGAGCGACCAACCUCACCCACCCGUAUCGGCCGCAUUUGCCCUCGCUCAGCUUGCAAAUUAUUAUUAUGCAAUGUGUAGAUACCAGCUUUCCUACCAGUUCACUUUGUUGGCAAUCGAACAGCUCCGGGCAUGCUCCCAAGUUGGUGCGAUAUCUUCGGCUCACGUGAUCAUCGAACUGCUGCGUAUCAUGUGCAAGAUUUGUAUGAUCAAGCGCAAAUACGACCUCGGACUGCGCAUCAUUCGCCAUGCCCUACUGGUUACUAGACAUUACUUUGGCAUUCAUACGUUGGUGUACGCUAACCUACUUCUGGAAUACGGCUGUUUAAUGUUGAACACAGACAAGACAAGGAAAGCAGCAAGAGUCUAUCGAGUUGGUUUGGCGCUCAUUCUCAACAGCCUGCCUGGCGUGAGUAUUAUGGCUGCUCUGGCCUUAGAGGCUAUCGCCUACGCACACUACGUACUUGAGUACACCUCCGGUGAUUUCAGCUACGCACUCAAUUGUUCAGAAGUGGUUGGGCUCAUGUUACGGCACUUGAAUCAUGAAGUCUCUAUGCAAGCCGCCUCGGCCAAUCGAGUCAAAGCCCUGAUUAUUGAAGAGAUAGCAAUCGACGAUAAUGAUUUGGAACGAACCAAAGAGUUUCUGUGCCUUGCCAGAGACCUACACAUGGAGUCGCUGAAUCUGUGCGAACGGACAUUCGGCCUGUGGAACGUGCAGACGGCGAAACACUUUGGCAAUCUUGGUCGAUUGUACCAGUCUAUGCAGGACAACAAGGAGGCGGAAAUGAUGCAUCGCAAGGCGAUCAUGAUAAAAGAGCGUCUGCUUGGCAGCUCAGACUUUGAGGUUGGUCUGAGCGUCGGUCAUCUGGCCAGUUUGUACAACUACGAUAUGGAUCGGUUCAAGGAUGCUGAACAGCUGUAUCUACGAUCCAUACAAAUCAGUCUCAACCUCUUUGGUCCAACCUACAGUGGCUUGGAAUAUGAUUACCGCGGUCUGCAGCGCGUCUAUCACGAAUUGGGUAAUCGUACAGAAUUACAACGUUAUCGUUCACUGUUCGAUCAGUGGCAGAAAGAACGACAAAAGUUACGAAAUACCGAACCUACCGAGUCCGUGGAUGAACUGGAGCCAGUCGAUUCGCCUUUGGAUGAGGAAAAUCAGCUGGAUUAUUUGUUUCAAUUGGCUAAUGACUACGAAAUGGAGUUCAAGGGAAUUUUCAGCGGCUUAGGAUCUGCCUACGAAUCCCCGACCACCAGUAACUCUCCUCGCAGUGGUUCUUGUCUACCGGGCUCUAGUCACAUGCCUCCUGAAGCGAGUCGCUCCACAGUUUGCUUCAGUUCGUUGUUUCGACGGCCCACGCUUGUCAGACCACCAUGCUGUUUAUACACUGCAUCUGUUUUGACGUGCUGUGCUAUUAAACUCGGUUUUCGGGGCUUUCAUCGUUUGAUCAGGAAACCUCAUUCCCAAAUAAAUUUGGUCUG